CAGCUGACACCGCAGCUGGACACGGCUCAUCAGAUCAGUGCGCUCAACCAGAGACCCGUCUGUCCAAUAAUAAUCAGGUCGUCAGACCAGUCUCCAUUCGAGGGCUUUAUGCUAUGAAAAUGUAUCUGCUCUUGACUAACAACAACAAUGCCUCAAUAGCACACACAGCAAGCUAUUAUUUGCAUACUCUCUCGGUCUACCAUGUCAAUACUUGGACGGUAAAUUGAUUGGGUCACGAACGCAUAGUCCUAAUUGUCACAUCCCGCUCAUUCGCUGGUGCCCAACAAUCUAACCGGUUCGCAGUAGAUUAUACGGUGCCUUGGCACCAUUGGCAUCGCGAGCACCUUUGAAUGGCCUAUUGUGUGAGGUGCAGCUGGUACGAUCGUGUGUUGUGAUUGUAGUUCUCAACUGCGCAUCGCAAAACUAGGCAGGCUUAGUGAAAGGCCUUGGCCAGUGCGUUAUUCUUAGAUAUUUAUGAUUAAAACAAAUGUAAAAAAGAUUAAUGAUGGUGGAUUGUUCAUUCGGGUGGAAUGCUUCUAGGCAUGUUGCCACUGACACAAGGUCAGCCUGUGGUGUGCGUGGGUGAGGAGGAAAGCGGGUAAGGAGAUGGGCUGCACCUCGGCCAAGCAGGUGUCGGCAGUGCCAAGUGGUGAGGAGGGCCGCAGUAAAGCCUACAGCAAUGGAGACCUUCUUUCCGACGAGUACAAAAAAGGAGUGGAAAAGGUCAAGUAUAUCAAUGGAGAAGAGGACAGACUGAACACCUGCAACCAGGACAGCACGGAGAAAACUGCCCUGCUCACUAGGGUCCAACGCACAGAUGACACAGGAUCAAAUGGCAAUGGGAAGACACAUAUCCAUUCUUCAGAGAGCCAGCAAGAGUUCUUCAGGAUGCUGGAUGAGAAGAUAGAAAAGGGGCAGGACUACUGCUCAGAGGAAGAGGAUAUGACAUAGCGCUGACGUCCGCUAUCUGCUCCCCUGACAGGAAGGAUUUGUCCAUUGGAGGCUGGUGUCAUUCCAGCCAUUACAAUGAGCCCAUCCUCCACUUGCCUCCACUGGAUUUUUCCAAUGGCAUGGACAGACUGUACCACAUAUACCUUACCCAAUGGCCCCUCCUCCUUUUGGACUGGCCCAUUUCGUGGAUGGAGUGGGAGACACGUUGACCCUCAAGCACCUUUGCUCACCACACUGUCUAUAUCUACAACCGUCUCCCCGUAACAGAUGUUUGAGUCCAUUGCGACAAUG